GUCCUGCUGAUGUGCCGAGGGGGAGAAGUGAGAUGUGGAGCGGCUACUAUUUCUAGAGUACCCUUGUACGGGAGGUAGACAACAACACAUAGGGAUGCUGCUUGCGAGCAUCUCUGCUACCAGGCUCAGUGCUCUCUGCGCGUGAUGAGAGGAGGAACGCUGCACUCACCAUGGGCAAACUUAAGCAGUUCAGUAUUACCUUUGACAACUGUAAAGGAGUUUACUAUGCAGGGGAGGUGGUCAGAGGUCAAAUUACCAUUGAUCUUAAUGAACCCAUGAAAAUGAGAGAACUCCGGCUAACAUGUCUGGGCCGAGCGUACGUGCACUGGUCGGAGUUGGAGAACGUGGGGCGACGUGGAGGACGUCAACGUCUAGAGACAGUGGAGUACUCGGCAGAGGAGGGCUACUUCAAACAUAGGUUCAGACUGUGGGGCAAAGAUUUGCGAGGUGAGGAUACAAACUGCAUGCAGCCGGGCCACCACACCUUUCCCUUCGACCUGCUGUUGCCAGCGACGUUACCGUCGUCGUUUGAAGGCAGCUACGGUUACAUCCGAUACUGGGUGAAAGGCACCAUCGACAAACCCUGGAAAUUUGACCAUCACUGCAAGAAGGCUUUCACUGUGAUAGCUAACCUGGACCUGAACAAGGAGCCGCAGGCGUCGGACCCUAUCCGGUGUGAGGGUGAGGUGAACGCAGGCUGCUGGCUGUGCAAGUGUGGGGGGUACAGCGCCAUCUUCUGCACCAACUGCCGGGGAUGCGUCCCGGGGGAAGUGCUCCUCCUGUACACAGAAGUCGAGAACCAUACACGGUGGUCCAACUGCUCAGCGGAGAUCAGGCUCAAAUUGGUGAUGUCGUAUCACACGGACCGGAAGUCCCGCCAGGAGAAAAAAGUCAUAACGAGGCUAAAACAUGACCGACUGAGUUCUGGGAAUGAAGACAUCUGGACAGAAGCGUUCACCAUCCCCCCUCUGCCCCCAUCUCACCUCAAAGGCUGCAGCAUCAUAGAUACCAAAUAUGUAUUACAGUUCAUCUGUGAGACUGAUGGAUGUAACUGUGACGCGAUAGAGUUCGACAAGGAAAUCAUCAUCGGUACCAUCCCCAUGUGUGGGCCCACCCCCGGGACCUUCAUGCCCCACCCCCUACCCAUCGAACCACCACCCUACUACACGCCAUUCUCAACCAAAGACACAGUGGCAGAAGCGGCAGCGAAAGCAAAGAAAACCAAACUUAUUCAGCAAUCGCCACCUAGCUACGAGGAGUGUGUCUUCGGCCGCGUCAACAUCAAAGACAAGGACGACACCGACUACACUCAAGGCGACCUCGUCUUCACCCCAAUGUACGCAUAUUACGACAUGGCCGACCACACAAAGGAUGACACUGAUGACUAGAACGAUCAUUCGGGGUUAGUCGGGUAUAUUCGGAAUUUUCAAAACGAGGUUCGACUAAUUCCUUAAAACGAGGCUGAUGUUGACACCGUCUGAAUUUGGCCAUAUCACUGAACUUUUAAAAAAAUACCAUGUGAAACGCUGAAGCCGACAGCUCGGUGUAAUUUCGUUCAGACGCUGUACGUCACUGAGGAUUAUUUACAAUAUGACUUUUUAAUGUGUUUAUUGAACCUGAACAAGAAAAGGGUUAAGUGGCGGCUUAUUCACAAUGAAAAUGCACAUACCGCGCCAUGAAAUCCCUGGCAGAAGCAGAAAAAGGUGACUCUGCCGCUACAAGAAGACCCUGUGAUUGACAGAACCAGAUGGCCAAGUCAAAUCGGAGCUGGAAUAAGAGCUGGUAUUGUCAGAAGAACAACUCUGCAGAAAUAUGGCUGUUUAUUGACAUUGAACAAUCUCCCGACAUCAGAAGCAAUGCCAAAGCAGCUGUUACCAGAAGAAAUUCCUGUCAGUUCCUUCGCCUCAUCGUUAUUUUCUCGUAAGAUUCUCUGCUCAUCUUAAGGCCGCCUCUGCCUCUCUAGAUAUUGUUUGUCAGUACAAUAAGGUCGCAUGUGAACUAAACCUGUCGUUUAGUCCAAACAUAUAGUUAUAAACAGUAAACUUCGUUGUAACGAACACGCUUGUAACGAACCUUAUGUUCGUCACUUACUACUUUUGUCCCGAUUACUCGCUGUCUAUUACAGUUGAAAUGCGUUUAUUAAACUACGGAUGUUACGAACUAAAACUAGAGGUUCAUUUGAGUUCGUUUUACCCAUAGUUUACUGUGAAAAUAUACAUCUAAAAAAGAAAUCGUAAUACUUAAUAGAUUAUCAAAGUGAAGGGAAUAUUGUUCUGUCCAAUCAUUCUACACGUUCUGGGCGGUGGGGUGUUCUUUUUAUCUAUUGUCUGGAGUCAGACUGAUUUAAAUAUCUCUCAUCUGGUCAAAUUGUGUUUUAAAUGUUCCUUAUUCAGUUCUGAUAUAACGGAGCAGUGGGGUAGCCUAGUGGUUAAAGCGUUCGCUCGUCGACCCGGGUUCGAUUCCCCACAUGGGUAC